CACACACCAAAAAAGGGUGGGUCUCAGAUUUCUUCGCUUCCGUAAAUUAAGCAGAUUCUUGCACUUUUUCCUCCCUUUUCUUCUUUCUCUCUCUUUCUUUCCUAAGUUGCGGAAUGUCAAACAAUAUUACGAGUAUAUAAAUUACAACUAAAAAUCUUCAAAUAUUUAUUUUCUUUUAACAAUGGCGGAAACAAAAGACCCUGCAAUCAAGUUGUUUGGCAAGACUAUUCCAUUGCAGGAAAUUCCCUUGAAUUCCCCGGUAAAUUGGUCACCACCAACUGAUGCAAUUGACGUUGCUAAUGAUGACGACAACGACGAAGAUGGCGAUGAAAUUGAUACAGAGGAUAUGGAUGAAAAUGGUAUUCCAGGAGACAGAGAAAUUGACGAGAUUAACCAUGAUGGAAAGACAUUUCAAACAAAACAAGUUAGAGUUUCACCUGAAGUUUCAGAUACGAGUACUUGUCAAGCUGCGUCAUUAGGAUGCACUGAUAAUCUUGGCCCUUUAUCAGGUGCUAAAGAAAAGGCAUCAGGAGAAUCAUUAAAUCUGGAAGAAGAAAAGACAGAGAUGAAUUUGUCCCAAGAUAUGACUCCAAAGAAACCUGAUAAGAUACUCCCAUGCCCCCGGUGCAAUAGUAUGGACACAAAGUUCUGUUACUACAAUAAUUACAAUGUCAACCAGCCUCGUCACUUCUGUAAAAACUGUCAAAGAUAUUGGACAGCUGGUGGUACAAUGAGGAAUGUGCCUGUUGGUGCUGGGCGUCGCAGAAACAAGAACUCAGUCUCUCAUCAUCGUCAAGUCAACAUUCCAGAAGCAUUCCAUAAUACUCAGCCUGAUAUUCCUAAUGUGUUCCACCCUGUACUACCAAAUAAUGGCACCGUCCUUAGCUUCAGCUCAGAUGUACCUCUUUGUGAGUCUAUGGCAUCAAUCUUAAACCUUACAGAAAAGACAGAAAAGAAUUGUUCGCGUAAUGGAUUUCAAAAGCCAGAGGAGUUGAAAAUACCCAAUCGUUUCGGAGGCUUGGAACAUGGAGGUAACGACUUUGAUGGAUCAAAUUCUAAUGAUUAUGCUAGCAAAUUGGCUUUAAAUGAGUCAGUAGCUCCUAAUAGCCUUCCCUUCCCUCAAAUUCUAUGCUACCCGGGAGCACCUUGGCCUUAUCCUUGGAACUCAACUCAAUGGAAUCCUAUAGCAGCUCCACCUUUCUGUCCAAACGGCUUUGCUAUUCCGUUUUAUCACGUAGCUCCCUAUUGGGGAUACAAUGUACCAGGAACGUGGAAUAUUCCUUUGACGGCUCAACCAUCUCAGGUAAGUCAUUCAAACUCGAGCUCUGGCCCAAACUCUCCUUUAGGAAAGCAUUCAAGAGACGGGACUAUGCUAAGUCCAACCAAGUCCGAGGAGAAAGAGAUUGAAGAGACAGGUUCCGAGAGAUCUAUUUGGAUCCCAAAAACUUUGAGGAUUGAUGAUCCAGGAGAAGUAGCAAAAAGCUCAAUAUGGAAAACCCUUGGGAAGAAAAAUAGUGAGAAACCAGUAACUAUAGGUCGAGGUUCCGGUCUUUUCAAGGCAUUCCAAUCAAAGAGCGAUGAGGGGAAUGACCCUCAUAUGGAAACCUCUCCAGUACUGCAAGCAAAUCCAGCAGCCUUAUCUAGGACACAAAAUUUUCAAGAAAACACAAAAUGACCCAAUAUGCAUUUGGUCAUUUCUCUCCAUUUCAAUUGAAAUUGAGGGCUUUCUGUAACAACAUUCAACUUUCGGCCUAAAUCUAAUGGUCGAUAAUUUACUUGACAGCCUUACAACAAGUGCAGUUUCAGAACUCACUUAAAAAACAAGUAAGAGCCUUCUAAUUCUUUUUCCGAACUGGCUCUAUGUAUUCAAACUAAACGCUGAUUCAUUCUGCUAGCUGAGACUGAAGAGGAUCUGAUUCAUUAUUCUCCUUACUUUGAUAUGUUCUCCUCACAGCUGUCAGUAAUAGCAUAUGUUGGUGCUGCUAUAGAUUUGCUUUCGAUUUUUCUCGAGAGUUCAUUAAAUGUACAUAUAUACAGUUGGAUAAGUGAGAGUGAAGUAGAUUUUUUUGGCAUGAUACCAGGAUGUACGUAAAUAAGUAGCUAGAAUGAAUGUUAGAAUAGAGUUUGUAGUAUGACAAAUUAAAAUCUUGUACUGAAAAGUUUUACAU